CUCCACAGCUCCUCCGGCAGAACGGACAUCCACAUUUUUCUAUCCGAUAAUUGAUGAUGAGUCUGUGCGUGCAGCUCUCUCUCUCUCUCUCCUCUCUCUCUCGUUCAAAACACAGAUCAGAAACCCAGAAUUUGGUCAGUUGAACGCGGACUGACCACCCUUUCUGGUUCUCUGGUUGGAACCCACUUGUUUCACUGAGCCACUGUACGACGAAGCCGAAAGGGUUGAAGAACGAGGCUCCGCCGCCGGAAACGGCACCGGCAAAGGAAGAAGCUGGCGGCACGGUGUCGGAGACAAAGGAGGCAACUUUUCUUGGCAAAGUAAGAGCAGAUGGGUAGCUUGGAGGACGAAAGAACAACAAUAGGAUGGGCUGCAACAGAACCUUCUGGGGUACUCUCUCCUUAUACUUACACUCUCAGGAACAUUGGUCCGGAAGAUGUUUUCAUCAAGGUGAUUUGUUGUGGAAUCUGCCAUUCUGAUAUUCAGCAGAUCAAGAAUGAUCUUGGCAUGUCCAAUUACCCCAUGGUUCCAGGGCAUAAAGUGGUUGGUGAAGUGAUAGAGGUGGGAUCCAAUGUGAGCAAGUGCAAGAUAGCAGACACAGUGGGAGUUGGAUGCAUCGUUGGAUGCUGCAGAAACUGUAGUCCUGGCAAAUCAGUCAAAGAGCAAUACUGCAACAAGAAGAUGUGGUCCUACAAUGAUAUCUACACAGAUGGUAAACCCACCCAAGGUGGCUUUGCUGGCUCCAUGGUCACUGAUCAAAAGUUUGGGGUGCACAUUCCAGAAGGGAUGGCAGUAGAACAGGCGGCGCCACUACUAUGCGCCGGGGUGACAAUGUACAGCCCAAUGGUGCACUUUGGGCUGAAAGAGAGUGGGCUGAGAGGAGGCAUAUUGGGCCUGGGUGGAAUGGCAUAAGCACAGGAGCGAGACUAGGCUGAGGUCCGGCAGGCGGCCAAGGCGAGGUUGCCGCCCGCCGGUGAAGCGAAAAAUACUAAGUUCUCAACCUUGCUCUGAUACCAUGUGAAAAAAUCAAUGUAUAAAGAGAAAUAGAGAGAGA